AGCAGUUGCGCCAUCUACAACUUUGCAGAAUUUCCCACAGUACAUGAGACAGGUAGUGAAGUUUUGUUCGUUUCGUGUGUAUCGAUUUUUUGAGUGAAGUGAACGUAGUGUUCGUGUCCUUUAGUUUAGUGACGUUUGUUAGAAAAAUAUCUGUGAAUGGGAUUGUGUAACGAGAUAAAACGUUUACUUGGUGUGUGAUUCUCUAUAAAGGAUGACGAAGGAUAGGUUAGCGGCGCUCCAAGCGGCGCAAAGCGACGAUGACGAUGUCGGGCCGGACGACGUCAACGUCGCCGUCGAAGGAGGCUUUAUGGAUGAAUUCUUCAGUGAGGUUGAAGAGAUACGAGAGAUGAUAGACAAGAUUCAGGCGAACGUCGAGGAAGUGAAGAAGAAGCACAGUGCCAUCCUAUCAGCACCGCAAUCAGAUGAAAAAACAAAGCAUGAACUGGAAGAUCUCAUGGCUGACGUUAAGAAAACUGCCAACAAAGUCAGAGGAAAGUUAAAACAUAUAGAGCAGAACAUCGAGCAGGAGGAGCACUCGAAUAAAUCGUCAGCGGAUUUGAGGAUAAGAAAGACGCAGCACUCGACGCUGUCGCGCAAGUUCGUCGAGGUGAUGACGGAGUACAACCGCACGCAGACGGACUACCGGGACCGCUGCAAGAGCAGGAUACAGCGCCAGCUGGAGAUCACCGGCCGCGCCACCACCGAUGACGAGCUCGAGGAGAUGCUCGAGCAAGGCAACUCCGCAGUAUUCACACAGGGGAUAAUAAUGGAGACCCAGCAGGCGAAGCAAACGCUGGCCGAUAUCGAGGCGCGGCACGCCGACAUCAUCAAGCUGGAAACCUCCAUCCGCGAGCUGCAUGACAUGUUCAUGGACAUGGCGAUGCUCGUCGAGAGCCAGGGAGAGAUGAUCGACCGCAUUGAGUAUCAUGUAGAACACGCUGUGGACUAUGUCCAAACUGCCACACAAGACACUAAGAAGGCCCUAAAAUAUCAGAGCAAAGCUCGACGGAAGAAGAUCAUGAUCCUAGUGUGCCUGCUCAUACUGGGCAUCGUCAUCGUGGGCUACGUGUCCAGCUAUUUGGUUUGAGCGGCCACUCAUACUUCGAUCGCCAAAUGCUCAAAGGACCGUCAUGCAAAGAAAAAUCGUCGCGCAUAUAUCGGUGCCUGCAUCCCGCCUGGCAACAAUCAACAUUCAGCAACAGAGCGAAUCAUCAACACGUAUCAACACCUCUUAUUUGUUGUUAGAAGUUCGUCUGUAAGAUUCAAACUAUAUUCAAUUACUUAUCAUCUGAGAUACGUCAUAGGAACAAAUGUUUGAUAUAAUCGUCGUUAGUUACAAUUUAUUGGCCGUAACCACUCCAUUACCGCUGGCUCUAAAAUCGGUUUUAUAGCGAUCACACAAAAACCAAAAUAUUUAUUUAUGAAAUAAACUAAAUAAUUAUUUAGUGCGCAAUAAUAAUCAAUGAAUAUACAUAUGUUAGUUAUACGUACAUUAUAAACUAGUAUCUACACGCAUAACAGUAUUUAGAAUCUUAAUAAUCUCGGUUUCCACUAUAAUAUCCUUACUAUCUAUAUUUUAAAGUAUAUUUAGCCAGUGAAAAUUGGGCAUUUUUUAAAUAAUAUUCACAGUAUGGUCGUUUAGUCGGCAUAGUGUGAAUAUAGUUUGUAUGUAUAAGUAAAGUGAUACAAAGAUUUGACAGAUACCCUCUCUCAUGUAAACGUUAAGUGUCAGUAAUGAUUUCUGUUUAAUCGUGAAUAGUUAACCUGGUUGAUAGGUUAGAGGAAUGGUGUCCGCGCCCCGGCAGUGCGGCGGUUCGUUAGUUCUACCUCACAUAGACUAGCUCGCGCCGCGUCUCGCGCUCGCUGCAUAUCGCGCCGGCGCCGUCGCCGUAGCAAUAAUAAAGUUCGAUUACAAUUGUAAAAUUGUUUAAAACUUUCGAAUGUGUGAUAGUAGAUGCAGUUGUUGUUUAGUUAACUUUAUAAUAAUAAUGAAUUGUUAUUGUGAAUGUAACUUUUAAUAAACAGUAAGAGUACUUUGAACUUUUCAAAUAAUUACAUAGUAUAAACGACUCAUUGAAAUUUUUGGCGCUUUUCGAUCAGAUUUAUAGUUGAGUGAAUUAUAAUUUUAAUUUGAUACCUUUAAGCUCUUCGUUGUACAGUUAAACAUAAUGUAGCCGUUUUAGCUAGGGUAACUUUUUUAAUAAAUUUGAAGUACAGUCUUCAGCAAUAUAAGAAUAGUUAUUGAGCAGUAUUUUCGGUUUGUAAUAAUAAAUUGUAGAGUGUCACUCGAAAAUUUAAGCACCAACAUGUAUUAGCAUUUUCCUAUAAGAAAAUAAAGUUAUUAUUAAACGAUUAUCGCGAAGGAUUAUUAUGUAGUCGUAAAAUAUUAUGGCAUAUUGUUAUGACGUGUCGAGGAGAGGCGCGCGAGUGGAUAACGGCACUAAGUAACCCACCGAGUGUGCGAGUGUGAGUGUGCCCUGCCCAGUGCCCAGUGCCCAGUGCCCAGUGCCGGAGCUCAGAGCUCGGUCCCCAGUGCCCAGUGCGCAGGCUCGCGCGCGCCUGCUGUCCUGUCUGCAGUUCAAUAUUUAAGAACAUGAAGCAAUGUUAAUUUUAACAUUUAUAGCAUAAUUAGAUUUUUAUCCUUAAGAGUAGGAUUUCAUCUAGUUGCCUUCGUAACAGUAGAGAAAUUAGGUGAUACCUUUUCUCUGAGUAGCUUCAUAAUAAAGUCACGGAGGUCAGCCGCGUUUCUCCACUAGCCAGUCAAUUGUGUCGCUUGUCUUCCCGACAUCGCGCUGACACCAGCUAGUUGCAUCUAAUCUCAUCGUAUCUCUAGUAUAAGUAUAAUAUUAAGGUCUCGAAGCGAGGCCGCGUACCUGACACCAAUCUAACGUUAAUGGUAGACAAGUGCGCCGCAGUCCGCACCGGGAACAGUUCGCACAAGGGACGCGGAGCGCGAGGCGUUCCCACCACGUCGCGUCCUAUCCUAAUUUGUAUAAAAUAAAUCGUUAGAGUAGGUAUAACCGAACUUCUAGUCAGCUUUUAAUAAUCUCUAUUAUUCUAAUAAUAUCAAUCGUAAUAUUGCAAUUGUAUCUUCUGUUACUAGUGUACAUAUAAGUGAUGUUCUCGUGUUCAAGUACGGGCCGGCCGCACGUCGCGCCGCGUCCGGGUGUACGAUCUGACAAACUCAAUGUUAUCGUAAAGCAUAGAUAUUUUCAUAAUCAAUAGUAUGCAUAUUGUUGAUUGGAUUGCUAAUUUUGUAUAAGUACGUACACAAUUAGUAUAGUUUAUAUACUUAUGUGUCAAUUCUCAUAGCGUUUUAUUACAUAACAGACGAUAGCUAGUAAGUGUUAAACGUAAUCCAAAAUGAUUGCAGUGCUGUUUAUUAAGCUUAUUCAAACUUUUUAUGUUGUUUUAAAUGAAUGAUGUUUUAUUAAUCUUGUAUCCUUCGAUCUUGAAUGUAUAAUUAUGUAACUAUUUAUCAGAGUUAUGAAAAUUAACAACAUUUAAGCAAUAGAUCAAUCUUGAAUGUAAUUCAUAGGAAACCCGUAUUAACAUAAAUCACUUCACGAGUCAAAGUAAUGCACGAUAAGAAUUUGUGAAACAACGAACAUUUUGAAAUGUAAUUUUAAGAUCCCAAUGACGAAUGCAACUUUGAAAAAACAAUUUCUAUCGCCUCAAGUCUUCAACGUUUUCCCUUAAUAGUUACUAAUGUUACUUGUUUAAUGACAGAAUUGUAUAUCGUCUGUGUCAUGUGAAUAUUCUUCCUGAAAAUUCAGUAGGUAUUCAAAUAAAUUAUAGGGUGCCUUGAGAAGCAAAUGUCUACCGGCAAGUCCUAGCCAAGCAAAGUAGAUAACGAGUUAGUAACUUAAAUAUCGGUUCGGCUAAACUAAUUAAUAAGUACAUAUUUUCACUGACACUACAUAGUCAAUGUUUAUGAGACAUGACAAUCAUGAUCGGCUUAAUGAUGCGAGCAGCAGUAAGAGCGUUCACUUGCACGAGGGAACAGCUAUUGUCGUAGCGCCAGUAUGAUUUGCUGCUGCCGGUAGAGAGAGGCGCCCUCACGAACACGACGCGGUCACGCCACGCCUCCGACACGUGGGGCACUCACUCAAUCUUAUAUUCUACAAGUUAUAUUGUUUAUCAGUAGAGUCGCUAGACUUCAAUUUGUAGUUAAAUGUUCGUAAUUAUCAAAUUUCCACAAUUGUGCUUUAUUCUUUCUGACUCUUUGAUGUUGCUUGGCGUUGAAUGAUGUGAAACAUUAUUAUAAUAUUGUAUUAGAGUUUAUUAUUUAUUUUAAAUCAUGUUAUUUUUCAUAAUUUAGUUUAGACAAAAAUGUUAAAAUAGUUUAGUACCGUUUUACGGAUGUUUCUUGUACCUAUAUAAGUAUUUCAGAAUUUAUAUUAAAGUUGUAUUCCAUAUGACAAAAUUGUCUCGUAAUCUUCUUGUAAAGGAACACUGAAUACCUAAACUCGUUGUUACAUGUUACAAGUACCAAAUCUUGUAUUACGAAUAUUAACAGUCAGAUUCUGGACACAAUGUAAAAUUCAAGUUAGAUUGGUUUUAUAGUCAUAUUAUAUUCUGUAUGUAGGUUAUCAAUCUGAAAUUCUCUCAUAAUUAUAAAAUAAACGGUGUUUUCUGCUGUA